UCCGGUGUGUGAGAGAAAGGCGGAUGAGACGCUCCUCACUGGGAACAAAGGACGACUCAGCUAACCAAUGUGUGAAUAGCUCUUUCCGCUUAAACCCAGACUGCAUCCACGAUGUCAAAACGGCCAUCCUACGCACCUCCCCCUCCCCCGGCCCCAACAACACAAUUGCCUUCCACCCCUGGGUUUGUGGGCUACAACCCUUACAGCCAUCUGGCCUACAACAACCUCCGCCUGGGAGGGAGCUCCGGAGGCUCCAGCAGGAACGCCUCCGGCAUCACCGUCCCAAAGCCUCCCAAACCUCCAGACAAGCCACUGAUGCCUUACAUGCGGUACAGCCGGAAGGUAAGCAGGAAGGUAUGGGACCAAGUGAAGGCAUCCAACCCCGACCUGAAGCUGUGGGAGAUCGGGAAGAUUAUCGGAGGGAUGUGGAGAGACCUGACUGAUGAAGAGAAACAGGACUACCUGAACGAGUACGAAGCUGAAAAGAUUGAGUAUAAUGACUCUUUGAAGGCCUACCACAACUCCCCAGCUUACCUGGCCUACAUCAAUGCUAAGAACCGGGCUGAGGCUGCAAUGGAGGAGGAGAGCAGACAGAGGCAGAGUCGUAUGGACAAAGGCGAACCAUACAUGAGUAUUCAGCCUGCUGAGGACCCUGAUGACUAUGACGAUGGCUUUUCAGUGAAGCACACAGCAGCUGCUCGCUUCCAAAGGAAUCACCGGCUCAUCAGCGACAUCCUCAGUGAGAUUGUGGUACCCGAUGUCCGCUCAGUGGUCACCACAGCCCGCAUGCAGGUCCUCAAGAGGCAGGUCCAGUCUCUUAUGGUGCACCAGAGGAAGCUAGAGGCUGAACUUCUGCAGAUCGAGGAUCGCCACCAAGACAAGAAAAGACGAUUCCUGGAAACCACUGACUCAUUCAACACUGAACUCAAGCGGCUUUGCAGUCAGAAGGUCGAGGUGGACAUGGAGAAGCUUGCAGCAGAGAUGGCCGCUGCGGAAGAGGCAGCCAGGCGCCGGGCAGAGGAGAGGGAGCGUGAGGCAGCUGAGCAGGCAGAGAAAGCUGCUCAGCAGCAGCAACAGCAGCAGGCACAACAGCAAGCGCAACAACAACAACAACAGCAACAACAACAGCAGCAGCAGCAGGAGGCUGCUGGCAACAAAGCUGCUGAGCAGAGCAGUGCUAAUGCUAAAGGCACAGCUAACCCCCCUUCAGGGACCAAGGAGGAGGACAUGCCCCCACCAGUGGCGACAGAUAAAGCAUCCCCUGGAGAGCCCUCCUCAGAUUCCCAUCCUGCUCCACCUCCUCCAUCUGAUGCGCCCUCUUCUGCUUCUGAUAAAGCAACUCCUCCUCCUGAGCCUCCCAGGGAGAGCAGCACCCCCAACAGCAGCAUCCCCAGUGACGACGGCAGCAACAGCAGCAACAGCAACAGCAUGCCCCCUCCACCCUUAGAGAACACCCCUGGAGUAGCAGCCCCAGACCCCCCAGUGGCCCAGGAAGCCAACUCCACCGCAGCUAACCCCAAUGUGUCCGCAGCACCUCCACCUCCCUCAGAAGACCCAGCCCCUCCUCCUCCACCACCACCACUACUGCCCCCUAGCCAAAACAGCCAACAGUAUGAUAUGUAAGUGUCAGUGUGUAAUACACACAGUGGUAGCUGUAGAUGUCUUCCCUGUGCUGCAGCUUUUCUUUUGUGAGAGGAGCAGCAGGAAGAAGUGUUUGUCAUUAUUAGAGAGUAAGAUUGACGCCCUGUUCAGACCUGGUGUUAACAUUUGUCAUAGGUGAUCCCAUCACAAGCAGAAAGCUCUAAGUACAGGUGGGAAUGCUCCCAUCAUGCUUUGAGCUUUGGAACAGAAAUGAUGAUUGUGUUUAUUGCAUUAAGUGGGAUCAGAUCACAUGUGGUCACUGGAGACACUUUCUGAAUUCAACUGUGAACUUAUCGACAGAUAUUGAUACCAAGUCUGAACAAGGCCUGAUGGUGCUGAAUGGUUGAGGGUCUGUUAUUAAGGUCAGAACAUAGCUAACGUGCAUUUGAAUUUAAGAGCUAUGUGUGGUUUUCAUCUUGUAGCGUCAGGCAUCCGGUGCAACAAAGGAGAAAUGAGGAUUUCACGUAAAUCUGUAUGUUUCCUUUAGAUUUAUUCAUCAGUAGUAAUGAGUGAGAUUUUGGCCUGACUGAGUUUGUGCUCCAGGCUUUGUACAAACCUCUGGUGUAAUCAUCUCACCCAAUGCAUCUCUCUAUUUGAAAUAACCACGCAUAGGACACUAGAGGGCUGUUAAAAUGUAAAUGGUCAACAAUAACCUCACUGUCUGCUUUGACGUCAUAUACAGGUAUCUCACGUAACACCUUAACAUGACCGGUACUGAUCUGCUCUUCCUUAUUGUCCAAAAUCCAUUAGUUACCUCUACUUGAAUUUCCAGCUGACAGGGUCCACAUUCACUGAACUUAUACCCAGAAGACAUUCUGUCAUGGGCUGCAUCUGUUCAUUAUUUACUUAGCAUGCAUGUUCAAAGAUGUUUUGACUAAGCACAGAGCCUGACUGUAGGUCAUCAGCCCAUGCCCUCAUAAAUCUGCAGGAAACGCUAUUCUCUAGCCCUGACAGGCAGCUUUCCACUGACCUAACAUACUAGCAGUAUCUAGCCGCUCACUCAGCCUCGUACCUACACUAUAUCUGUGAAAUAUCAUGUGCUCGACCUACAGCCCAAAAACUCAAAGGUUAAGUGAUGGAGAAAAGCAGAGGAUCUUCAUUAUGAGCUAGAAGCAGAGCACAAUAAAAGCAAUGAUUAAUCAAUAAUAAACUUUGAUCUUGAUGCUUAAAUUAUGUAAUCGUUUCAGCUAUGAGUCGACAUGACUGCUACGGACUAGUGUACAUUGUUCGAUAGUAGAAAAUGUUGUGUGACACAGGAUGAAGAGACGUUAGGAGUUGCUUGUAGGGAGAACGCAUGUCUUGUUUUUUUGUGUUUUUUCAUAUCCAUAACUGCCACUGUGUAGACUAGAUACUGUUGGACGUGGCUGAAAGGUUAAGAGUACAGAUACCUGUAUAUUUCUCAGUCCAGAUGUAUGAACCUUUAAAUCAGCACUGUAUAGUUUGCUGAGAUAAGACCACAGCUGCAAACUCAAGGGGUUCCUUGUAUUUACCUUCUGUGUGACUAGCUGGGAAGAUUUUGUGGAUAAAAUCCGAUGCAUGAGAAGGCCCCGCCCCCUUUUUAAACCUCAGAAUUUUCUACUUUAUCAUUUUGUUUGAUUUGUCAAAACAACUACUGUUAGUUCUACUUUGUGUUUUUUUAGAAAUAUAGAGGAACCUUUUCAGAUAAAUAUAAUCAAAUUCAGCCUAUGUAUUAAACCUCUUUCACAACUUUGAAUCAGAUGCCAUUUCCAACAUGUUUUAGUGCGGCAGGGGGCAACACAUAUUGUUCCGGGACUGGAAGAAAGCCACAUUUUAAUUAUUUAUGCACCCAUACCCUGCAUGUCAUACUGAAUACUAACUAUUGAAGUCUUACUCACUGAGCAAAGGCCACAAGAAACUGUUAAUUGAAAAAUGAAAUUUAAACUUAGGACAAAAUGCUUCAAAAAAACAUAAUUUAUUUACAUGAUGGGCUUGUCUCCAUUGUGUUUUUUAAAAUCUGUUGAUCAAAUGACUUGCAUGAAUUAUAAAAUGUUGAUGAUAUGGAUGUCUGUCCCCCUGUAUUCAUCACAUUUAUUUCGGAAAGACUCUUAAAGAGUUGAGGCUAUUUUUUUUUAGGUAGCAUUGCUCCUUUAGACGUCAUAUUUCCUAACACCACAACAACUUCAACAGAGAAAUGCACAGGCUCCCAUCAUCUUAAUAUAACCUCAGUCACUUGUGCAUUUAAAGGACUAUUUUCUUACUUGAAUUAGACUGUUUUUAGUAAUAUGCCUCUGGUUUUUUUUUUGCAUAUUUUUUUGUACUGUCAACUUAUCUAUCAAAAUAAAAGUGAUUUCUCAGUCA